CUUGCAGUGAACAGAGAAGGGAAAGUGAUGUGAUGAUUAAUUUUAAAAUGGCUGCUUUGAUAUAAAAGUAAAUAUGAUUUUUUUUCGGUGAUUUAUUUAAUAUUAUGUUAAGUGUAAAACAACCAUAAAUACUAUUCAGAACUUUUUUAAAUACUAAACACGUCUUCCAGGACCGUGUAAUGAUUAGAUAUUCGUAGUACAGUAGGGAUACUUAAUAUAUAUUAAAAUGGAUAUUAUCAGCGACGAGGACCGUAGGAGAAGGCUUAGAGUCCUUGAGGAAAGGAUUAAGGAGCCUCGCAGCAAAGGGAACAUUGACUCACUCUUAGAUACUGUACAGGCUCUGUACACAGAUUGUGAUCAUCCAGCUAUCAAGAAAUUAAAAAAUGUAGAAGUAUAUUUAAACAGAUACGAUGAUUUUGCCAGUGACAUCAUCAACCUUCGUAUGAAAACGGACGAUUUUGAGCACAUCAAAGUGAUAGGUCGCGGAGCGUUCGGCAAAGUGCAACUCGUUCGACACAAAUACACCAGAAGGGUGUACGCCAUGAAGAGAUUAAGCAAAGCAGACCUGAUUAAACGCUCGGAUUCGGCCUUUUUCUGGGAGGAAAGGUACAUCAUGGCUCACGCGAGGUCCGAGUGGAUAGUCCAGCUUCAUUUUGCGUUUCAGGAUGCUAAACAUCUUUAUAUGGUAAUGGACUACAUGCCCGGCGGAGACAUAGUCAAUCUAAUGUCGAACUACGACAUCCCGGAAACCUGGGCCAAGUUCUACACUAUGGAGGUCGUCCUCGCUCUCGAUAUUAUCCAUUCGAUGGGGUUUGUCCAUCGAGACGUCAAGCCUGACAACAUGCUCUUGGACAAAUAUGGUCAUUUGAAACUAGCCGAUUUCGGGACGUGUAUGAGGAUGGACGAAGGGGGCUUGGUUAGGUCUAACAAUGUCGUUGGUACGCCUGAUUAUAUUUCACCGGAAGUGCUGCAGAGUCACGGGAAAGGUAUUUACGGAAGGGAAUGCGACUGGUGGUCUGUAGGCAUCUUCGUCUACGAAAUGCUGGUCGGGGAAACCCCCUUUUACGCGGACAGUCUCUUAGGCACCUACAACAAAAUUAUGUACCACGAAAAUAACUUAUCCUUCCCCGACGAAGUGGAAAUAUCCAACGAAGCCAAAUCCUUUAUACAGGGUCUUCUCUGUGAUAGAAAUAAACGUUUAGGUAGGAACAGCGUAGAAGAAAUAAAACUACAUCCCUUUUUUAUAAACAACGAAAACUGGACAUUUAGCAAUUUGCGUGAUAUGGCGCCGCCCGUGGUGCCUGAACUGACAGGUGACGAUGACACCAGCAACUUCGAGGACUACGAAAAAGACGAGACGCCAGAGGAAAACUUCCCGAUACCAAACUCAUUCGUAGGCAACCACCUACCCUUUAUAGGUUUUACGUACAACUCGGAUUACCAGCUCCUCACUUCCUCCGAUUCUGUGGACAGCAAAUCCAACAACAUAAUAAUGGACGGUAGUCACGCCAGUAAUCACGUCCACAAGCUAGAGUUGCUUCUAGAACAGGAAAAAAUAAACGUAGAAACCUUAGAAGCGAAACAUAGACAAUUGUUGAAUCAACUCGAGACGAUUGCUCAAAGAGAGAGUGAUAUUAGAGAAGAAGUAACGAAGUACGAGAAAGAUUUGACGAUAUUGCGGCAUAAUUAUAAGGAGUUGCAGAGGAAGGCGGAGUAUGAGAGCGAUCUGAGGAAGAACACGGAGAAGUACUUGUCGGAACUGAAGAAACGGUACGAGGAAGAGCAGAACAAGAGGACUCGAGAGAUGAACAAUAACCAACAACAUAAUGAUAAGAUCCAGUUUCUAGAAAAACAGGUGAACGAAAUGCAAGAGAAGUUGAAAGGGGAGACCGAGAAUUGCCAAAAGUUGAGGAAACAAGCCAACGAACUAACCAUAGCCAAAUCGAACUCGGAACACAAAGUGGCUGAAUACCAAACCUUGCUACAAUCGAUUCAGAGCCAGCGGGAUGGUCUGCAAGCAGAAGUCGCCUCUUUGCAGGAUCAGUUGGCGGAAGAACGGAAUUCGAGAAGUCAGGUUUCAGACCACCAAAUGGUAUUAGAAAACAAGCUUCACUCAGUGAACUCUGAAAUGGAGCGACUACGGCAAAAAGAACUGAAAACUUCGGCCGAUAACUCGCAACUCACGGAAAAAGUGUCGUUCUUGGAGAAGGAAUGCGCUGGAUUGGAUUUGGAGUUGAACGCGCUCAAAAACAGGUACCAACAGGAAGUGAAGGCUCACGAAGAGACUGAGAGAAGUAGAGUUUUAAAUAAAGAGGAAGCCAACCUAGAAGUCGUCAAAGCUCUACAAACCAAACUAAACGAGGAAAAAUCGGCGCGUCAAAAGGCGGAUUUGAACUCACAAGAAAAGGAGCGACAGAUCUCUAUGUUGUCCGUCGACUAUCGGCAAAUUCAGCAACGACUGCAGAAAUUGGAGGGAGAAUAUAGACAGGAAGUGGAAAAGACGAAGGCGUUACACAGUCAGAUCGAGCAGGAACAACAGAAGAAGACGAUUAUGCAAUCGGAAAUGGGCAAUCUGCAGGCCGAGCUCGCCAAGCUCAAGGUCAAAGAAUCUCAGCUGUUGCACGAACUUAGUCAUUUACAGGAUUUCAAGAAAGCCCUAGAAGAAGAAAUAGUGAGGCUAAAAAGUAGCUGGCAACGAGACCAACUCCAAAUGAAAGAACUCCAAGAAAAUUUAGAAACCGAACAGUAUUUCACGACUCUAUACAAGACACAAACCAUAGAAUUAAAAGAAGAAGUCGACGAGAAGAAUAGGAUAAAUAAGGAAUUCGAGGAAGAGAGAGCUUCGUUGAAGCACCAGUGUCAGUUGGCGUUGGCUAGAGCCGAUUCAGAAGCUCUGGCCAGAUCCAUAGCCGAAGAAACCGUAGCCGAUUUAGAAAAGGAGAAGACUAUGAAAGAACUAGAACUCAAAGAUCUCAUGGCGAAACAGAGAACUGAAAUGAAUAAUAAAGAAGUUGUGAUAAAUAAUUUUAAAGAAAAGGAAUUAGAGUAUAAGAGAAUAAACGAACAGUUGCAAAGAGAACAGGAAGAAAUGAAUAGGCAGUACAAACAAUUACAAGAGGAAUUUAAUAGGAAGACUAACAAUACCGAAGAAUACGAGAAGUUGGUCGCCAAAUUGAAUACUGAAAGUCUUCUCAAACAACAAGCGGUCAACAAGUUACACGAAAUACUGAACAGGAAGGAUAUCAGAGAAUCCGGUAAGGGUAAGUCCAAAGUAUCCAAUGCGGAUCUGAGGAGGAAAGAGAAGGAUUUGAAGAAAUUGCAACAAGAACUAAGUUUAGAAAAGGACAAGUAUAAUCAGAUGAUCAGCAACUACCAAAAGAAUAUACAAGAUUUAAGUGCCCAAUUAAGUGAGGAGCUAUCCGGAAAGCAACGACUUCAAAUGGAGUUGGACAGUAAAGACGCCGAUUUGGAGCAGCUUCAAACCAAAUUGUGGUCUAUGAACAGCGAAACGGCGUCUCUCAGUUCGGCCGACAACGAGGGGGAUGAAAUAGAUGCUGUCUUCGAGGGGUGGUUGUCGAUACCUUCGAAACAGAAUAUCAAACGACACGGCUGGAAGAAACAGUACGUCGUCGUGUCUAGUCGGAAAAUUAUCUUUUAUAAUUCGGAUAAUGAUAAACAGAAUUCUGAUCCGGUUAUAGUCCUGGAUUUAUGCAAAGUAUUUCACGUCCGUUCGGUAACCCAAGGAGAUGUCAUACGGGCAGAUUCAAAGGAUAUUCCCAGGAUAUUCCAGCUACUCUAUGCGGGAGAGGGAGAAGCUAGGAAAACCGAUGCCGAACAGUCGGCUUUAGCUCUGGACGUGAGCCAAUCGAUGAGGAACUUCGACGACAAGCCCAGCGUGAUAUCACAUAAAGGCCACGAAUUUCUGAACAUUUCCUAUCACAUGCCGACGACGUGCGAGGUUUGUCCGAAGCAGAUGUGGCACAUGUUUAGGCCGCCACCCGCGUUAGAAUGUAGAAGAUGUAGAAUAAAGGUUCACAAAGAUCACUUGGAGCGAAAAGAAGACUCGGUGCCUCCCUGUAAACUCCACUACGAUCCCUCCUAUGCCAAAGAAUUGCUCCUGCUAGCAACGUCGCACGACGAUCAGAAGCAGUGGGUAUCGAGACUUAGCAGAAAAAUACAAAAGUGCGGCUUCAAGGCCAAUAAUUCCAAUGCCAUAGAUUCUACAGCGAAGAUCUCUCCUAGGGAAUCAACUCGCUCUAACAUGAAGCCAUACAUGAACACCCAACAAAGGUCAGCCACUUUACCUGCUAACUCCUCCAUGAACAGCAAAUGACAUCUCAGAGUCAUUUAAAACCUAUCAUUGUGUUAUAUUUUUAUCUAUUAUUUAUUGAAUUGUCGGUCCCAAAAGUCUGCAAGCAGAUAUUUGAAGGGUUUUCCGAUAUUCGAUCGCUUAUAGCUUGUUUUCUACGUUUUAUUAAAUAUGUUUAACACAGUUUUGUGCCAAUACGGCUGAUUUUAUUUUAAAAAUAAAUCUUGUGGUCUUUAUAUAUGUAUAAACCUCAGAGGUGGUCAGUGUGGACCAGACCUGAUGCGACAGUGAUGAAUCUGACCGGUAGACCAGGAAGUGUAACUAUUUUCCCAAACCACUCAUUGAUACACAUACAGGUAUCUAACAAAUGCUUUUGGUAAACUUGGUGGUAUACUCAAUUCGUUCAGCCGAGAUUCAUUUUGACACAUUCGGAAUAGGAAACAUAUAACACAAAAAUUCCUACUUCACACUAUUAACCGCUCAAAUCAACUUAAUCUUUCAUUAACCAAGAAUUGUUGGAAAUAGUGGGAGUGUAUACUAAACUCAUAAAAUUUUGUGGAAUUUAUUUCUACGAAAUAUUUUUAUUUUGUACAAUAAAUAAUUUUCCCAUUUUUGUUAUCAAUACAUAAUAAUGGUGUAAACAAAUAAUUAUUAUUGAUUGGCGUAAGGUUUAUGUUAUUUAUGCCUGUUUACUAUUAAUAAUAUUAUGUUAUAUGUUACGUUAUAUGCUAUGUGCAGGUAUGUUUAGUUAUGUAGUAAUUUCCAGUCAUGUCUAGCAACCUAACUUCCCAAAAAAAUUACCUACAUCACUAGACAGUUGUGCCUCAGAUUAACGAAUCGACUUCAACAAUGUGUAAUAAACAAAUUAUACAAAAGAUUGAACGUUAUUUUUUAUUUAUAAACUACUGUAAGAUUGCUAUUUGAUUUUAAAUACUGAAUUAUAUGGAAAACUGACAUAAUUUUACUCAAAAAGUAUAGAAAACCCUUUAAAGUAGAGUUUGUAAAGUUAUUUGUGUUAAAAAUGUAUACACAUUUUCAAUUUCUUUGCAACACGAAAAUGCAGCAUCUUCAUAAUACUCUGGUUAAAUCGGAGAGUGCAGGAAGAGUCUAUACCGGUUUCGGAGGUCUUUUCCCCCUCAUCAGUAGUCCCAUAUCUUCUUCUCUCCGAUUACUCCACGUAUCAUACUUUGGGCCUUCCCGAAUUGCAAAGAAAGAAAUUUCACGUAUGCACUAGAGCCAUCUCUAAUUUGUUGGAAUCUUUCUUGUUGCAACUUUUAUCACGCUGAGCAGAUGAGUUGUGAAUUAUUUAAAAUUCUCUCAUCUUAAUUUCCUCGUCAUCCUGUUUGAUUUAUAAAUUUUGAAAAUCUCAGGAGGUGUAACCAAAGAAAGUAUUCCACCAGUCAAUCUGGUGGUAUGGAAACGAUAUUUAUUAUCGUUUUCUGUGCUACUUCGAUUGAUAACUUUUUAUUUGUCUUAAUUUUUUGAUGAAUUAUUGCAAAAAUUGCUUCAAAAGUUGAUUUUUUGAAAAUUUUUAAUAUUUUUUCUAAAAAUGUACAAAAAACUUAAUUUAGUGUGAGGAUGGGGACAAUAUCACUAAUAUUCAGUUCAAACUUCAAAUAAUGUCACUUAAUAGUUAUUGCAAUCACACAGCAAUCAUAAAAACCAAUGGUAACACCUCAGGGCCAAUUGAAAUACAACGAGGUGUUAGACCGGGUUGUGCGCUAUCGCUGAUACUGUUUAACGUCUAUUCAGAGGUAGUAAUAAUUGCGAACGCUUUAUUGCAGUCUUUAGAAGGUAUCAAGAUAAACGGUGAAAGAGUAAAUAACAUCCGCUAUGGAGAUGCCACUGUUUUAAUGGCUGAUUCGGACUAUAGUCUCCAUAUACUGUUAAAUAGGGUCACUGAGAGUUGUGAAAAAUGAGGAUGAAGACUAUACCUACUGCGAAAACCAAAGUUAUGAAAAUAUCAAAGAACAAAAAUUUACACUUUAUAAUUAUAUGUGAUCCACCAAUACUGAAUACGUAGAAUACAAAUAAAUAUCUUAGUUGAUGGUUCAACUAUCAACUCAAUUUUGAACAAGAAGUAAAGAGCGAGAAUAGAGGUAGCCCAACAAGGCUUUAUCAAAAUAAAAAACUUGUUUUGUAACAGUAGUAUUAAUAUCAGUCUUGAUGUCGUUUUCUGCAUUGCUAUGUUAUGGUUAAUACUAAUGAGAAGGGUUUUGAAAAUAUCUUGGACAACCUACAACACCAACGACAAUGUCCGGAGAGGAAUACAGUCCCUGACCAUAUUAUUAUGACCACCUAGGAAUGUUUAUAAAAAUCAAGUAUUCCACUAAGUA